AUGGAGCCCUCGACGCUCCCUGCGUCGUCUCUCUCGACAUCCAUCGAGGAAUACACGACCAAGCGCGCCAGCAUCCUACGUAAGCGCAAAAGGUCGCUCUACGACAUACUGGAACUCGAUUCCGACUGCAAGACAGCGGAAGUGCGCAGGGCGUACUACCACUUUGCGAGACUGCUCCACCCAGACAAAUGCCAAGACGAGGCUGCAGUGCCACUGCUCGUUGACGUGCAAAGCGCGUACGACAUUCUUGGCGACGAAUACAAGCGGAUGCUAUACGACCUGAAGAAUGGUUUCCGCACAGGGGAGCAGUUGUCCGACCAGUUGCGGACGCUCGGCGAGAAGCUCAAGGAGCGCUACAGUCACUUUUUGCAAGAUCACACCCAAGCAUAUAUCGCAUCGGUACUGGAACAGUACAACAAGCAAGGGUUGAUGGUCAAGAAGGCGCUCUAUGGCAACCUGAGUCUGAGGGACCCGCAAAGCAUCUCUUCAGUCGAAACCAUCGAGGCGCACCAACUCAAAGGCCCUUUCAUCGAGGUCACUGUUCAGCUGCAACUGCUCAUUGAACACGGCGUGCUACAUGUAAACCCCAAUGGGCACAUGUCCUACGCAUUUUUGCCCGGAUUCUACAACCCGAUGGAUUUCGUCGAGCAGAAUCACGUAACCAACUCUGAAGACGGGACUCAGCUUUACAUUCUGUACCUCUUCAAGGGGGACGUACACGAAGUCACGUUGUGUGAUGGCACACCCUUCAAAUUACCAAUGAAGGCACACCUCGUUUACGGUUCCUAUAUCAAGGGGCCGUACGCCGUGGCGAACCUCGAAGCCCUGGAAUCCGCCUGA